AUGCAGAACCUGCUGCAGUCGCUGUCUUCACAGCGACUCCACGUCCGCGUCUCAGACGCAGAGCUUAAGCGCCUCCUCAGCGCUGUCAAGGAUGGCCGGGGACACGACGCGAAGCUCUCGGACCCCUUUUAUGAUUCUCUUGAAGGUGUACUUCAGGACCUCCGCACUGUCACAAUCGACAACCGCGAUGCUGAAGCGUUCCUCAAACCUGUUUCUAAGACUGACUACCCGGAUUAUUACGAAAUCAUCAAAGAACCAAUGGACCUCCAAACAAUGCUCCGCAAAGUCAAACAAAAAUCCUACAAAUCAAAAGCAGAAUUCCAAGAUGACCUCGAACUUAUCUGGUCGAACUGUUUCGUGUAUAAUACAGGUGAUAAUCACCCGCUGAGGAUGUGUGCGAAGCGGUUACGAGAGAAGGCCAUUAGGUUGUUGAAGAAUGUUACGGAUCGGAGGGAUCGACUUGACCCGCCUAUACCUGUACCUACACCGAUACAUGGACAUGUACCUGGAGCCGUACAAUCGAAUGGGAUUAUGGUUAAUGGGAAUGGCGUUGGACAUGGGCAUGGGCAUGGACAUCAUUCGCGCAAACACUCAGCUACGCCUGGACCCCUACCUUCUAAGGUCCCUACCGUGAUCGUAAAGAAACCAGGUUCUACCUCUCGACCUAUGUCUAUCGCACCAGCCUCCCCACCACCUCCCCGACGAGAAGCAACGUUCGCAGACCAACCCGCCUUCGUACGAACUGCAAUGGGGAUGUCGAACUUUGCUUCGCUUGAUCGUGAACUCUCCCUAUCCGUCGACCUUAACCUUGAUCUUGAAGCUGAGAACAAGAGCAACGUCGCAGGCCCAUCCCGCCUUCCAACACCCAUCACAGACAAACUCCGACAAAUCAUCCAAACAGACGACUCAGCGGACGACUAUGACCUCGACUACGGGAUGGAAAUAAUGAACGGAGAAGUAGGCGACAAACGUAAACUCGCAGUUAACGGGGAUGUCCGACCUCGAAAACGUGCGCGCACACGGACGAGGUCUUCUGGUGGUACUACUGCCUCUUCUUCUUUCAACGUUCAUGGUGAUGGUAUGGGUAUGGGUGUGGAUGGUAUGGAUGGUAUGGGUGUAGAUGGUGUGGACCCUGUUGAGUUAUGGUGGGAAGCGACGACGAGUAACCAGCUUAUGGCGAAUGCUUUGCCUUCUAUUCCUUAUCCCGCUUCCUCUUCUUCUUCCUCUUAUCCCUCUACUUCUUCAACUACUUUAGACUCAACACUCCCUCGAACAACACAACCGCAACUACGAAUACGAAAGAAAAAAAAGAAGCGUCGUCCCCCUCUCCACCCUCUCUCCUCACAAACUCCACCGAAAUCCCUCCUCGGACUUAUCAAUAACAACAUACGAAGCCUGCGGCGCGUACGACAGAUACAUGAUAAGUUCCUUGCGUUGAACGUUUUGGAUGACGGGGGGAGUACGUCUGGGCCAUUAGGUAUGGGUGGGGAGCCGCCAGAUUCGGGGUUUCGAUCUGGACUUGGUGGUGGGAGUGGGAAUGGGAUGAUGGACGACCCGGAGAAAGAUGAUGUGUUGGUGGAUGACCGACCUUGGAGAUUGAGGUUGAAGAGUUUGCAACGAGGAUCGGAUAGAGGAGUUAGAGGGUUCAGAGGAGCUGGAGAGGUAAGAGAGGAAGGAGGGGUUAGAGGACUGGAUGUAGGUGAGGAAGCUGCGAGGAGUUGUUUGAGGUGGAUGGGGAGGAAGGUGUUGGAGCAUUCUGGGUUUCAAAGCACCUCGAAAGCCGCGCUGGACGUGUUCACAGGCGUAGCGAGCGAGUACUUGUUUAAUGUUGGACGGACGUUACGGUAUUUGUGUGAUAAGUAUUCGCAGCAGAUGAGUGCGGAGGAAAUCAUACUACACACGCUCUUCGAAAGCGGGAUCACGCACAUCCGGGAUUUGGAGCGGUAUAUUACGGAUGAUGUGGUGAGGUAUGGAAGUCGGUUGUCGGAUUUGGAGAAGAAGCUUGCGAAUGCUUAUAAUGAGGUGACCGUGGAGGCUGCGUUGGACGACGAUGCGUUCUUUAAUGAGGACGAGGAUGAAGAUAACGAGCUUGUUAUGGGUAACUUUGCUGAUGCGCUUGGUGUUGAUUUCUUCGGUCUGGGCGAGCUGGGUAUCGCAAGCGAUCUUGGUCUGCAAAGCCUUACGAUACCGAAGAAGCUGCUCAGAGGGAAGAAUAAGCAGCGGAAUGCUCAGAAUGGUGCGAAACCGAGUGAACCGCCUCCACCCUACCCUCCACCCCCAUCUUUCGCCCCACUCACACCACACCACGUCGACAACCCAACAAAAGUCAUCGGCCUCCUCCGACCUUUCUACGUCCAACGAUUCAACGCCUACUCCACACGUACCAACCCCAGUGCACCCACACCAUUCAUCACACCUCCCCCAGCUCUGCCUAGUCAACUAGAUCUCGAGCUAGCUCGAGAAAUGGGUACAGAAGAACCGGCACCGAGGGUGUUGCCACCUGUGAGGAACAUGGAAGUGGGAGUGGGAGUUGUGGUGUUACCGGAUGAUCAACCGCCUGUUGGGAGGACGAAGAGUGGGCCGUUGGGACAGGUUUUGAGGCCUGCUAGUGGGGCUGUGACGAAGAAGAAGGUGAAGAGUGGUGGAGGUGGAGGUGGAGGUGGAGGUGGGGGAGGAGGAAUUGGAGGAGGAGGGAUGAGUGUACAUGGGCCUGCUGGGCCGGGUGCUGGGAUCCCGCCGCCGCCUCCGAUAAGUCAGAAUCCGAGUGGGAAUGGGGGAGGAAGUCCGAGGAAGGUUGGGUUGUAGGACUCGUUGUUUGGUGCGCGUAGGCGUGAUUGUGUCUUGUCCCUCAGUCUUCGAGUGGUUUUUAUCGUUUUCAUGGUUCGUUGUGGAAUUCGGAUUUGUUUUGUUUUUAUUUCGUUGAGGAUUGAGGAUUGAGGACUGAGGAUGUACGUGUAAUUAAUUCUAUUCGUAAUUAUACGCUUUCUUUUGUUGUGUUACAAUGAUGUGAUUUUGUCCUCUUUUUAUCUUUUAUGAUGGCUUUGGCUUUCUUUGGUGCUUUGGGUCAUACAUAUUGUUUCUUUUUUAUUGUUUGGUUUCCUUUUUCUUUCACUUUCUUUGUGUUGUCGUGUUGUCGUGCUUUGCUGUUGAG